CUACCAAGCUCUGAACAGACUGCAUAAUCGAUAACAGAUUCUUUGAUCCGGCUACCCAUGCUUUAUUUUCACCAUGGAGAAGCCUGUGGGUUCUUUACAAGAGCAAGCUUUAAAAAGAAAAGAAAGAUUAAAAGCUCUCCGAGACCGGCAACUUCAAGGACAUGCAUCUGAGGAUGGAGAGCCUGAGAGAAAAAGAGCUCUGGAGGACUCUGAGACAGAGGACAGACACAGAGAGCUGAAGCUGAGAAAUUACACGCCAGAGGACGAGGAGCUGAAGGAGCGACAGGUGCCCAAAGCAAAACCUGCAUCAGUGGAGGACAAGGUCAAGGACCAGCUGGAAGCUGCAAACCCAGAGCCUGUGAUUGAGGAAGUGGAUCUGGCCAAUCUUGCCCCCAGAAAGCCAGACUGGGAUCUAAAGAGGGACGUUGCCAAGAAGCUUGAGAAAUUAGAGAGGCGAACACAGAAAGCCAUUGCUGAACUUAUACGAGAACGGCUCAAGGGAAGUGAGGAAGAGCUGGCUGGAGCGGUAGGAGCAGUUGGCGUAGAAGAGGGAGACUCGGAUUGAAUCUGUUGAGAAUGAUAGUCACUCACAACUGGUUUUCUAGAAGUUUCCUGCCCAAAUCCUCAUUACAUAGCAGUGUGUGUUUAAAAUGGAUUUUUUAUGCUGAGCUCAGCAUGAGUUAACACAUCCAGAUCAGGUGAUUAGAAGUGUGAGUGUUUGUGAGAGAGAGAUUGAAAUACAGAAAGGAAGAACGAGCGGAAUACAGGUAUUUUUGUGUUUUCAUAUGGAGUACACAAAGACGACUUUCUCAUUUUUAUUAUUUUGUUGUUUUGUAUAAGUAAACAGUUCUUUCUUUUCUAAA